ACCGUGCUCUUACAGAAGUACCCGUUCCGGUUCCUCAACAGAGUUUCCAGAGAGAACACCGAACGGUCCGGCAACUCGCGCAAAAUGGCGUUUCACUACUCGAAACGUUUUCCAAGCAUGUGUAUGAGCUCGUCGUUCUACGACGACAUAAUGAACAUCACCGAAAUGCACGUGAACUGUUACAAAUCCCGUUGGUUUGAUUUUGGUGAACUAUAUUCAGAGGCAUCUUUCAAUGAAUCUACAGUUCCGUGGACUAAUCGUUCAGUAUUAGGACCAAUAGAGUCAACAAUAAAGUCACCUGAAGAGAAUAAUAAUAAAAUACAUGUCAUCGAGAACAAUGAUAUUAAAAGUGGCAGCAUUGACUCAGAUGCUUGGUCUGAAACUUCUAUUGAUGGAAAGACUGCAUCAUACGCAAAAAUAAUCAAAUAUUUCAAACUUACCAUACCAAUACAAUCUGAAAACCCUGAUUAUAAUAUUAUUGAAGAAUCUAGAAAAGAAUCUAUUAAAUCUAAUAGAAUUCUACCAUCUAAAAAAAUAUCAAUUAAGCUGCCUGAUGCUCCAUUUCUACCAAAUAACCAACAUUGUGUAUUUUGUAAAAACAAUGGUGAAGAAGAGUCAGUUUAUAGAACACAUUUUGUUAAAGAUGAACUUGGGAAUGUGAAGUGUCCAUUUUUAUCAAGGUACACGUGUCCAAAUUGUAAGGCAACUGGGAAUAAGGCACAUACUAUUAGUAGAUGUCCAUUAAGUAGUAAAAAUAUAAUUAAUAAAUUCAAUAAACAACAGUGA